AUGCAUUUUGUGAUGGCUGUGAGUCCUUUUGUGUUCAUGACUCUAUUUUUGUCACUGGUUGAAACUAAGUUCUACAGACCUUUUCAGUUCAACCAGUAUAAAGCUGGGCUCAUGCAACACCACGACCAAGGGAAACCCACCAGCAGACACAAAAACCACUGUGCCUAUGUGGUUGAAAAGACAGUGUCCUUCACGGUGCAGGAUGGGGCAGCUCCAUAUGUAAAAGCAGAGUACAACAAGUGUUCCUGGGGUCAAAAAUGUCCAACUCUCCAGUAUCGUCUGAUGUACAAGCCAUUGUACAAGGUGGCGCAUAAAACCGUCACAGAGCUGGAGUGGCGUUGUUGUCCUGGGUACUCUGGUUAUGGCUGCAUGGAGGGACAUCCGGUCUACCAACACCCCAUCAAAAUGAUGCCGCCAUUCAAGGGUCCGCCCAUGAAAGGCCCACAGUUUAAGGGGCCACAGUACAAAGGUCCCAUGUUCAAGGGUCCCAUGUUCAAGGGCCCACCUAUGAACACUGUUGUGAAGGCCAACCCGUGGAGUCAACCCAAGGGACCUCCCACCGGCAGUUUUAACUCUUACCCAAUGCGCCACUUUGGGCCUCCAAGGACCUCCUCCUACCCAGACACCUCCUUUGAGCCUUUUCCGUCUGAGCCAGAGCAAAUGCCAGAGCACCAAGAACCUCAUCACACAGAGCAUGACCAAGAACAUGAGCAUGAACAUGAGCAUGACCAUAGCCAAGGACCUGAGGAACACAUACCAGAGGAAAUCCCACUUCCUCCCUCUGGUGGUGAACAGCCUGAGGGUGAGACCACAGACAGUGAGACAGAGGAGCGAAUAUAUCGAAUGGAGGAGGAUGUGCAACGUCUAAACCAGGGUCUUGAGACCCUGAGGGGAACUGUAAAUGGACUGGAAGAAAGUCUACGAGCUUCACUGAGAGAGGAUGCCAACAGGAUGCUGUCAGCUCUGCUCUCUGCUGCCCCUGGUCCUGUUCCUGCUCCAGCCGUAGCCUCUGCUCUAUCCACUGUAGGGUUUGUAGAGAUUCCUGGGGGAGACCCUGCGACAGAGGGUCUAGAUGGCAGACAUGUUUUUCCAGGCCUUACAGAACUGAAUGGAAGAAUAGAGGAGCUCAGGACAGAGCUGCAAGCCAAGACAGCAGAGCUGCAGGAACUCAAAACAACGGUGAUGGGACAUGAUGGGGCACUAAAGAAGAUGUCAAACACAGCGGGAGUGGUAUCGGACUCCACUGGCAAUCUUGGGGGAAAUGCCCAGAAAGCUAUGGAGAAGUUGAUGGAUGCCAAGCUGAGUGGAGCCAGGACAGAAAUUCUUGGUGGGUUUGAGAAGCGUGUAGAGAGUGCAGAGGACCGGUGCAAGGAGAAAGCUGGGGAUUUGCGUCGUCAGUGCCAGAGGGAGCAAAGUGUGAGGCGGGAGCAGAUGGAGGACGCUCUGGAGGAAAGCAACACAAACUUGAGAACAGAGUUGAGAAACCUCCAGGUUCAGAUACAUGGUUUAAAGGCUACGGGGAACUGCUCUGAUACAGUUAGUGGACUGACUGAAAGGGUGCAGAUGCUGGAAACAUCAGUGGCAGGCCUCAACCAGUCCCAGGGCCACCUGAGAGUGGAGCUGGGAGGACACAAGGACCACAUAGAGGGAAUACUGGAGGGACGACUGGGGUAUGUAGAGACCAAGCUCAACCUGACUGGGCAGAUUCAAAGCGAUGAACCUGGAAGGCACAGUGGUAUCCAUGGCAGAGCUGAGACAGGACAGGGCGUGGAGGCCAGAAUGGAGAGUAAGCUAAGGGCUCUGGAAAGCCGUUUACUGACGGCGUUGGAGGAGCUGGGUAAUGCCACUGCACCCGCACUGCUGGAGGGUCAUGCUGUUCCCACUCUGGAGACAGAGCUCGAGUCCCUUCGAGGGAGACUUGAGGUGGAUGUGGACAGAGUGCAGAAGCACCUGAGCAGCCUUGAGACUCUCUGCUCCUCUUCUUGUUCCUCACCCCAAAAGCCAUCUGCCAUCCAGGGAGACUCUGCUGCUCCAGGCACUGAGCUGGCAGAGGAACAGAAUGUGAAAGAGGCACUGGACAUCCAGGGUGGCCGUUUGAAUAGCCUCAACGUCACACUACAGAACAUCCUGAGGCGUCUGACCCUCAGGGACCAGCAGAAACAAGCAGAAGGAGAAUACCCCAUCCAGGGAGAGCUCACAAUCCUCAAGUUUAACAUGCGCACAGUCAACCACACCCUCAAAAACCUCCAGGAUUCCCUGGGGACAGUGGUCCAGCAGGUGGAUCAAGCCAACAGCUCCUGGCAUGGGAGAGAGGCUCGUCUGGCCCAGCAGAUAAAGGGUGUGGUGCAGCUGGUUGGACAUCAGGCAUCCAUGCUUGGGGCAGGUGAGCGCAGACUGACCCGCGUUAAAGGUGAGCUGCAGGAGAUGAAGAGGCGGCUAGCUGAGGAGGUCCGGGGCUGCCGGAGCACAGCUAUGGGGGUCCAGAAAGAGGUAACUGAGGUCGGAGGACGUGUUGCCAGUGUGGAGGACCAGUGUAAGGGCCUGAAUUCCUUGGCAGAUGACCUGGAGAGAAUCAGGGAGGAGUUGGAGAGACAAUCAAACGGGCUUCUCACGCAAGUCAACGGGACUCUGUCCAGCCAUGCUCAGCAGCUGUCAGAGCUGAGAGGUGAACUCAGAAACUGCACCUCCCAGGUGGAGCCGACACAACAGAGUUUAGAUCUGAAGCCUGAGCUGGAACGAGGGGACACCUUCACUUUGAAUUAGUUCAGUUUAUAUGGACGAUAGAUUUUAAAAAAUGAAU